ACCCCCCAAGGAAUAUAAGCUAGUCCUGCGGUCCCCUUAUAUAAGCCAGGCAAGUCCCAGUCUGACAGCCUCCAUUUUGGCAGGACCUUUGCUUCUGAGGUUUCUUUGCGAGACUUGGAAGGGGCAUAGCUUGUCAUUCUGAUGCGAGAAGAAAAGAAAAGUCGGAGCAACUGUCGAUUGCUGCAGCAGACAGACAAUGGCGACGGCAACGGCGACAAGCCCUCUGUCGUCACCUGCUUCGCCGUCGACAACCACGAAUGUUUCGGGCGGAAAUGAGAAAACCGUACCAGCCGGAUGCUUUGAUAUCUGCAACAAUGUCAAUGUGGAAGCCAGCAGCGUCGGCAAGGUUCUCUCAAUGUGCGACGCAAACUCGGACGUUUGGCGGGGCUAUCGGGAGUGCAUCUCUUGCAUCAGGGCUGAGGCCAUCGACGCGGAGACGACAAUCGAGACAUACAUCGAUCCCGAAUUCAAGCAGUUCAUAGAUUACUGUGCAUCGCAACCGCUGCAACCGAGCUAUCCCUCUACUCUCAUAACAAUCAGGACGGUGGUUCAGUUCGUUGAUAUAACUGCCACCGACGGAAAAGUCCGGCCGGGCAUGCUGAGGACCUGGGAAGUGACAGAACUGAAGGCCGAGUUUACGGGCCUGCUGACCGCCACCUCGAACGCCCUCUCCCUACAGACGACGAUGCCGACCGAGACGAUGCCCGCAGGCACGUCUGCGACCGCCACGCAGAAACCUUCGCCGGAACCAGACAAGGCAUGGAUAGCCGGCUCCGUGAUCGGCGUCGUGACCGCGAUCCUGCUCGUCCUUGCCGGGCUGUGGUUCUUCAGACGGCACAGUAGACGGGUGCUCGAUCGGUCUGCUGUCGAGGCUAAUGGUUACGGAAAGGAGGAGUUCAUAAAGGCGCAGCUCCACCCGGACUGGAUUCCACGCGGGCAUGCCGCGGAGCUCGAGUGUUCUUGGCCGAAAACAAUGCCCGCGAUAAGUGUCAAUGAGAUUCCUGCACAAGAGAUGCCAGUCUCAAACAGCCGGCAUGUGGAAGGGGUCACGGGGUAAAACAGCUGAAUGAAGGUCAAAACUGUUCUUAUCUAAAGUAUCAUUUACUCAAGGGCCUGGAGUUAGGUGUCAUUCUCACUUGUACGCACACAGGGACAAGUCAACACAUAAUAUAAUA